UUUAUUUGAGAUAUUGUAUCUUGUGUCACAAAAACAUUACACCCACCAAAAGUCUUGCAAUACCAAAGAACUCUCAGAGUCAGAGAAGAUAUUUCGGAGAGAGAGAGGGGGAGAGAGAGAAGAGAUAGAGUCAAAUUUUUUUAUUGGGUUUUCCAAGAUUUGAAGUACUGUGCUUUGUGGGCUGUUUUCGGCUAAAAACAGAUCACAUACAAGUAACAAGAAGGAAACAAAGGAACAUGGGUUACGCUUGUGAUUUCUGUGGGGAGCAAAGAUCGAUGGUGUAUUGCCGGUCUGAUGCCGCUUGCUUAUGCCUAUCCUGUGACCGCAACGUGCAUUCAGCGAAUGCACUUUCGCGUCGUCACUCGAGGACCCUUGUGUGUGAAAGAUGCAAUUCGCAACCUGCAUUCGUCAGGUGUGUUGAAGAGAAGAUCUCUCUUUGUCAGAAUUGUGAUUGUUUGGGGCAUCCUAAUUCUACCUCAGGUUCAAAUCAUAAGAGGCAAACAGUAAACUGUUAUUCCGGUUGUCCUUCGUCUGCAGAGCUCUCUACAAUCUGGUCAUUUGUUUUAGAUAUUCCUUCCGUGAUUGAUUCCACUUGUGAGAAGGGACUGAGUACAAUGACCAUUACUGAUAGCAGUCCAACAAAAUGUGAGGGCCCUUCACAAAGUAAGGAUGGGCAAGACGUGUCUGUUCCAGUUGAAGUAAAUGAUGUGAAGAUUGUCGAUAAGUCGAGUGCUUGGACAGGGUCUUCUGCCAUGCCUCAACGGAAUCGACCCGCGGGAUUGACAAAUUCAACAUCAUCCAAGAUGUGCAGUCCUGAAACAAAAGCACCUGAUCUAUGUGAGGAUGAUGGAUUCUACGAGGACCUGAAUAUGGAUGACGUUGAUUUGGACCUUGAAAACUAUGAACAACUAUUCGGCGUAGCUUUUAAUGAUCCCGAACACCUUUUCGGGAAUGAUGGGAUUGGCAGCUUGUUUGGUGUGAAGGGCAUGUCUGCAGCUGAGGAGUCAUCAAUGGGAAAGGUUAAUGCAAUGCAGCCAGCUUGCAGCAAUGGGGCAUCUGCUGAUUCCCUCCUGAGCUCUAAAACUGAGCCAAACCUUGGUUUUGCAAAGCAGGCACAUUCCACCCUCUCAUUUUCUGGGAGUACUGGUGGAGAUCAUCAAGAGAUUCAAGACUGUGGUGCUUCUUCAAUGCUUCUCCUGGGUGAACCUCCAUGGGGCCCUCCAUGUCCUGAUAAUUCAUUGCCUUCAACUAUUAGGAGUAGUGCUGUUUUGCGUUACAAAGAAAAGAAGAAGACACGCCAAUUUGAGAAGAAGGUAAGAUAUGCCUCUCGCAAGGCAAGGGCUGAUGUAAGGAAGCGUGUCAAGGGGCGCUUUGUCAAGGCUGGUGAAGCUUAUGAUUAUGACCCAUUGAGCAAAACAAUGAGCUUCUGAGCUACAUUGUCUUAAGUGCAUAAAGGUGGAAGUAGAAUGCUCUCUCUUUGAAGCACCGAUGAAAUUCAAGAUGAGUAACAGUUUCUCCAUCAGCAGAAAGGAUGAAUGGAUCGUGACAUGAUCCGAUGAUAAAUGUAUAUUGACAACCUAAACACCGUGCUUUAUCCGAUGAAAGCAAGUUUGCAUGCCCAAUCUUCUGUACCACGGAAGAAAAAAGGAACUCUGAUCGGUUUUCUCAGCUGGAACCGCGAUGAGUGUUCAUUAUCUGGACUCUGUCUGACAUUUUUUGUUCUUGAAUCUGUCACAUCUGUGAACCGUGAAUCCCUUGAUGUAUGAUCGGUUGCCAAAUUCAGUGGCCAGGUCUGAUUUGUAAUUUUCUUCUUAUUAUUAAUACCUCUUUUAUUGACAUGUAUAGUAGAUCAUGGCUUGGUUAGGUAGGGAGGCAAGAGGCUUGCAAUUAUGUAGUUUUUGCUUUGUUAUUCGGCCGGCAUGUACAUCAUAUAUCCUUUUGCUGGAGUUUGGAGACACUAUCUGGGAAAUCUUGUAGCAGUUCAACAUUGAACUUUUUUGUUCCUGUAUGACUUACUUGAAAAGCAGCUCGAUUGUAAAGAUACUUGUAUUUAUGUCAACUUGGUAUUACUUACA